AGUGACCUACAUUUUUCACCAUGAGGUGGCUGCACUUACUUCUGUUUUGUCUUACGGUUUUGAAUACCAGAGCAGAAGAACAAGAUUUAAAUAAAAAUGCAGCUUCUGCCGAGAUAUCAGAUACCACAAGUGAAGAAAAGGCUGCUGACUCAGAUGAAAUCUUGGAAGAAGAAAACAUUUUAGUUCUAAAUGAGAAGAAUUUUGACAAAGCACUUAGCACCUAUAAGUUUUUGCUGGUUGAGUUUUAUGCUCCCUGGUGCGGUCACUGUCAGGCCCUAGCUCCGGAUUACGCCAAAGCUGCGGAAAUUCUGAAGAAUCAGACAUCAGAAGUUAGACUUGCUAAGGUGGAUUCAACAGUAGAAACAAACCUGAGCACUGAGUUUGGCGUGAAUGGAUACCCAACCCUUAAAUUCUUCAAGGAUGGAAACAGAACUGGUCACAUUGAUUAUGGAGGCAGGCGAGAGACUGAUGGCUUUGUGAAGUGGCUUUUAAGAAGAGUGGGGCCCCUUGCUGUCGUUAUUGAUACCGUAUCCAGUGCAGAAGAAUUUAUCAGCGCCCAUGAAUUUUCAGUAAUUGGAUUCUUCAAGGAUUCUACAGAUGCCGAUAUAAAAAUAUUUUAUAAUGUAGCUGACAUUUCUGAAGAUUUCAACUUUGCUCUGACACAUAAUGAAGAAGUAUUUAGGAAGUUUGGCGUAACAGAGGACGCUGUCAUCUUUUUCAAAAGCGAUGAUGAAAAAUAUGAACAUAAACCAGAUGAAGAUAUUGGCUUAGACAAAGAUGAGCUGCGCAGAUUUCUUGUGGUAAACAGCUUGGAUUUAUUAACCGAAUACAGUGCAGAGACUUCAGAAAAGAUUUUUGCAGCAAAGAUUCCAAACCAUUUACUACUGUUUGUAAAUAAGACGGACGAACCCCAACUACAACUCAUUGAAAACUUCCGAAAGGCAGCACCUGAAUUCAAAGGAAAGGUUCUGUUUGUUUAUAUCGAUUCUCAUGGUGAGCAUGCGGAAAUUCUCCAAUACUUUGGGCUUAAUACCACAGAUGUACCAACAAUUCGAUUUAUUAACAUCGAAUCAGUGAAGAAGUUCUCAUUCAGUGACAAAGAAAUCACCACCGAGACUGUCAAAGCUUUUUGUCAGGGUGUCUUAGAUGGCAAAAUAAAGCAAAAUCUCAUGAGUGAAGAAAUUCCAGAAGACUGGGACAAAAAUCCUGUAAAGGUUCUCGUGGGGAAGAACUUUGAAGAAGUUGCUUUUGAUGAAACCAAAAAUGUGUUUGUAGAAUUUUAUGCUCCGUGGUGCACUCAUUGCCAAGAGUUAGCGCCAAUUUGGGAGGAGCUUGGCGAGAAAUAUAAAGAUCAUGAAAAUGUCAUUAUUGCAAAAAUUGAUGCAACUGCAAAUGAAAUUGACGGCUUGAGAGUGAGAGGGUUCCCAAAUCUAAGAUUGUUUCCUGCUGGUACAGAACGAAAGAUGAUUGAAUACACAAGAGAUAGGACAGUGGAGCUAUUUUCUGCAUUUAUUGACAGUGGUGGUGUAUUACCGGAAGAAGAGAAAAAAGAUUCACAAAGUGAUGACCAGCAAGAGAGCACUAAGGAACCAGAUAGCAAUGAAAGUCUUGAAAAGGAUGAAUUAUAACUUCAGAGUCAAGUAUACACCCAACAUAUGAAGAAAAAGGAGAACAAGCAGAUUUAUAUCAGUUCUUUAGUAAAAUGUUACAUCACAGCAUAGAUUUGUUGAAAAGGAAUAUUUAGAUUGUAAUAUUCAUAUAUGCUUUUAAGGUUUAUUACCUUUUUGUUUAUAUAUAAACUCACCUAUCUAAAACAUUUAUUGAUAAAUGUCCUUACAUUAAAGAAAGUCUUUUGGUUGGUAAA